AUGAGAUGUGGAAUACCACUAAUGAUACGCUCUGCGUUAAUCUGCAGGAAUUCUGUAACGAAUAGUGCAGUGAAGACUGGCUCAAUCGCAACAGAACUUUACCUAGAACCCUCAAAAUGGAGAGCAUUGAAACCCGAACAAAUCUUCUCACUGUACCAGGAAAGAGUCGUAAGACUUGGGAGUGAGUACAAGCCGUGUAAGGAGGAGCUAGACGCGCUUUUGUCCACCGCCGAGACGACUGGCGUGUCUCCAAAAACAAUUAGGAACAUUUACUACGGCGGUGAGCAAGCUGCAUACGACGCAACUGGCGCCAACAUUGAGGAUGACUUCAAGCCCUCUCCUUUCAUGUUUGACGACCUCCCCUCGCAAGCGCAGGCGCUAGUGCAGCAGCACCGGGAGCAGCGUUUCUACAACCGUCUGGCUGCCUACGAGCUGCCAAAGCUGGUUCAGUAUCGCCAAGAAUACAAAAGGCCCUCUCAAAAAACACACCCGGUCACCUAUCGGUACACGACAUACAUCGGCGAGGAGCAUCCCAAUUCACGCAAGGUUGUAGUCAGUCUCAAGACCCAGCAGCUCGGUCUGAACGACAAAGAAGUGCACAAGUUCCGUCUUCUGGCGCGUACGCGUUAUGACCACACCACAGACAUCUUCAAGAUGUCCUCUGACAGGUACCCCGAGGCGGCACAGAACGCACGCUACUUGAGUGACAAGCUGCAGGCGUUGAUCAAAGAAGCAAAGGACACUUCGGACGACUUUUCGGACGUGCCUCUGGACACUAGACACACGACUGCCCGGAACCUACGCAGGAAGACCCGUGGAUACAAAUUCCCAGAGGAGUGGAAGAGACCCCAGGACGCUCCCAAGGAAAUGGUCAACGUGGCCGAGCUUAUCCAGAAGACCCUGUGA